AUGAAGACUCAUCUUAUUCACCAGCUGGGCCUUGUUGGUCUGGCAUCUGCCUCGCUGACAUGUACCCCUGCUCACUUUCAGAAGAUCCUUUCCAAGAACAACCUAAAGGGCACUAUCAACUCCGCCUACCACAUCAAAGAGAAUGGAACCUUUGCUGUCACUGGCAAUCUGGCCUACCCAACCUCGCCAACCGGUCUGCCAGCGUUGUGUGCCGUGGAAGCCAAUAUGACUACGGAAGUUGGCACCUCGUACACUUUUGGUAUAUUCCUGCCAGAUGAUUGGAAUGAUCGGUUUCUUGCCGUUGGAAACGGAGGAUAUGCAGGCGGUAUCAACUACAUCGACAUGGGUGCCGGUGUCGGCUACGGCUUCGCUACAAUGUCCACGGAUACCGGCCACAACAGUUCAUACCAGGGAACUAGCUGGGCCUAUCAUAACGAAGAGUCCAUCGCCGACUGGGGUUGGCGUGCCAUGCACGAGUCCACGGUCACCUCGAAGGUUCUCGUUAAUGGAUUCUACGGCGAGGAUUCGAGAUACAACUACUUCAGCGGCUGCUCGGUAGGAGGAAGACAGGGUCUGCGUGCUCUCCAGCUCUUCCCGGAUGACUACGAUGGUGUCUCGGCAGGAGCACCAGCCUGGUGGACAACCCACAACCAGCUAUUCGCCCUAAAGGUCCUCCUCUGGAACUUCCCCGAAAAUUCAACACAAACCAUUCCCGAGUCCCUCUUCAGCGUGAUCGGCGAUGAGGUUCUGAAGCAGUGUGAUCCUCAAGAUGGCCUGACCGAUAACAUCAUCAGCGAUCCUUUUGGUUGUAACUUCGACCCGCUACCUCUGCUAUGCACAGCCAACAAGACUACCGAUUGUCUUACCAGUGAGCAGAUCGACACUACCUUCAAGGUCUACAAUGACUGGGUGGAUGUGAACCAGACCUUCGUGUUCCCGCAUUACCUUUUCGGUACCGAGUCAUCGUGGAGCAGCGCCAUCGGCACAGGUGCCAUGUCAUCGGUCGAGAACCAGGAAGGAUUCGCCCAGGAUCUUCUCCAGUUCGGACCGAACUGGUCUUACAAAGAUCUCACAUACAAGACUGUCGAGUAUGCCGAUCGUCUGAAUCCCGGUAACGCCACAGCCAGCGAAUUUGAUAUCCGUCCUUUCAAGGCGCGUGGUGGAAAGCUCAUUCAUUACCAAGGCUAUGCCGACCCGACACUCCCCACUGGAAGUAGUAUCUACUUCUACGAGCAUGUUUCUCGAGCCUUGACCGAGAAAUCAGCUACAUUGGAUGACUUUUACCGCAUGUUUUUGAUCCCCGGCAUGGAGCACUGCAUGUCUACACCCAGCACAAUGAAUGCCCCUUGGUAUAUCGCCGGUGCAAACCAAGCUGCCGAGCUUGGUGACAAUGUUAGCGGCGUACCGGGCUACCGUGAUUCUAAGCACGACGUGAUCUUGGCUUUGAUGAAUUGGGUUGAGAACGGGACUGCGCCUGACUCUAUCAUCGCAACUAAGUAUACUGAUGAUACUACGCAUGAAAAGGUAGAGCGUCAACGUCCUAUUUGUCCGUACCCGCAGCAGGCUAAGUAUCAGAGUGGAAACCCGGAUAUGCCUCGAAGUUGGAAGUGUGAGAGCCUUUAUUAG